UAACAGAGAAGCGGCCGCGGCGGUAGAGGCGGCGGAGACGGUUUCUCCAUCUCCCCCUCCCCUUCCCCCCACAGAGUUUCCCUCCUUCCCUCCCUCCCUCCCUCCCAGUCUGGGCAGCAGGGCCUGUGACCGCCUCGGUAGCGGAGCGCAGGCUGCCAGUCCGCUUCGGCGGCCUCUGCCCCGUGCGGCUCUCGGGGCCUCCUGAGCCCGCGGCUCACGCCGAGAGGGACGCGCAGUGACGAGCGGCCCUAGCAGCUUCGCGGUGAGAGCCGGUGGGCCGAGCUCCGGCGGGAACCCGGGCGGCGGGCAGCGCCGGGCCGGAGGGUUGGGGAGCACAUCCCUGAGCAUGAGCGCAGAAUGAAGCGGCGUUUGGAUGACCCCGAGUCACCGGUGUACGCGGCCCAGCAGCGUCGGCUCCCUGGCAGCACGGAGGCUUUCCCACACCAGCACCGCGUGCUCGCGCCCGCCCCUCCGGUGUACGAGGCAGUGUCCGAGACCAUGCAGUCAGCCACGGGCAUCCAGUACUCAGUGACCCCCAGCUACCAGGUGUCAGCUGUGCCGCAGAGCUCUGGAAGUCACGGGCCCGCCAUCGCAGCGGUGCACAGCAGCCACCAUCACCCUGCAGCUGUACAGCCCCAUGGAGGCCAGGUGGUGCAGAGUCACACGCACCCAGCCCCGCCCGUCGCACCAGUGCAGGGGCAGCAGCAGUUUCAGAGGCUCAAGGUGGAGGAUGCGCUGUCUUACCUGGACCAGGUGAAGCUGCAGUUCGGUAGUCAGCCUCAGGUCUACAACGAUUUCCUUGACAUCAUGAAGGAAUUUAAAUCUCAGAGCAUCGACACUCCAGGAGUGAUUAGUCGUGUCUCCCAGCUGUUCAAAGGCCACCCUGACCUGAUCAUGGGCUUCAACACAUUCUUGCCCCCUGGCUACAAAAUUGAGGUGCAAACCAAUGACAUGGUGAACGUGACAACUCCUGGCCAGGUUCAUCAGAUCCCCACGCACGGCAUCCAGCCCCAGCCUCAGCCACCACCCCAGCAUCCUUCCCAGCCUUCGGCACAGUCAGCCCCAGCUCCUGCCCAGCCGGCUCCUCAGCCUGCACCUGCCAAAGUCAGCAAGCCUUCCCAGCUGCAAGCACAUGCCCCAGCCAGUCAGCAGACUCCCCCGCUCCCUCCGUAUGCAUCCCCGCGCUCUCCGCCGGUGCAGCCUCACACCCCGGUGACCAUCUCGCUGGGAACGGCCCCGUCUCUGCAGAACAAUCAGCCUGUGGAGUUCAACCACGCCAUCAACUAUGUGAACAAGAUCAAGAACCGGUUCCAGGGGCAGCCAGACAUCUACAAAGCCUUCCUGGAGAUUCUGCACACCUAUCAGAAAGAGCAGCGGAAUGCCAAGGAAGCUGGGGGCAGUUACACUCCAGCGCUGACGGAGCAAGAGGUGUAUGCCCAGGUGGCUCGUCUGUUCAAAAACCAGGAAGACCUGCUGUCCGAGUUUGGACAGUUCCUCCCAGAUGCCAACAGUUCCGUGCUUUUAAGCAAAACAACAGCUGAGAAGGUUGAUUCGGUGAGAAAUGACCAUGGAGGCACCGUGAAGAAGCCCCAGCUAAACAACAAGCCGCAGAGGCCGAGCCAGAACGGCUGCCAGAUCCGCAGGCACUCUGGCACGGGAGCCACGCCCCCGGUGAAGAAGAAACCUAAGCUGCUCAGCCUAAAGGACUCUCCCCUGGCGGAGGCCAGCAAGCACGGUGCUGGCACGGAGUCCUUGUUUUUUGAUAAGGUCCGAAAGGCCCUGCGCAGUGCUGAGGCCUAUGAGAACUUCCUGCGCUGCCUGGUGAUCUUCAACCAGGAGGUGAUCUCUCGGGCCGAGCUCGUGCAGCUCGUCUCGCCUUUUCUGGGGAAAUUCCCUGAACUGUUCAAUUGGUUCAAAAACUUCCUGGGCUAUAAGGAGUCUGUGCACCUGGAAACCUUCCCAAAGGAACGCGCCACCGAGGGCAUCGCCAUGGAGAUCGACUACGCCUCGUGUAAACGGCUGGGCUCCAGCUACCGCGCCCUGCCCAAGAGUUACCAGCAGCCCAAGUGUACAGGGCGGACCCCGCUCUGUAAAGAGGUUCUGAAUGACACCUGGGUCUCCUUCCCUUCAUGGUCCGAGGACUCCACCUUCGUUAGCUCCAAGAAGACGCAGUACGAAGAACACAUUUACCGCUGCGAAGAUGAGCGCUUCGAGCUGGAUGUAGUUUUGGAGACCAAUCUGGCAACCAUCCGGGUUUUGGAAGCAAUACAGAAAAAGCUUUCGCGCUUGUCUGCCGAGGAGCAGGCCAAGUUCCGCCUGGACAACACGCUUGGCGGCACGUCGGAGGUGAUCCACCGCAAAGCUCUGCAGAGGAUAUAUGCCGACAAGGCCGCCGACAUCAUCGAUGGCCUGCGCAAGAACCCCUCCAUCGCUGUGCCCAUCGUCCUCAAGAGGCUGAAGAUGAAAGAGGAGGAGUGGCGAGAAGCUCAGAGAGGCUUCAACAAGGUGUGGCGAGAGCAGAACGAGAAGUACUACCUGAAGUCUCUGGACCACCAGGGCAUCAACUUCAAGCAGAACGACACGAAGGUGCUGCGCUCCAAGAGCCUGCUCAACGAGAUCGAGAGCAUCUACGACGAGAGGCAGGAGCAGGCUACGGAAGAGAACGCUGGUGCACCUGUAGGCCCACACCUGUCGCUCGCCUACGAGGACAAGCAGAUCCUGGAGGACGCGGCUGCUCUGAUCAUCCACCACGUGAAGCGGCAGACGGGCAUCCAGAAGGAGGACAAGUACAAGAUCAAGCAGAUCAUGCAUCACUUCAUUCCCGACCUGCUCUUCGCUCAGCGAGGUGACCUCUCGGAUGUGGAGGAGGAGGAGGAGGAGGAGAUGGAUGUGGAUGAAGCUACCGGGGCCGCCAGGAAGCACAACGGUGUCGGGGGCAGCCCCCCGAAGUCCAAGCUGCUGUUCAGUAACACAGCAGCCCAGAAGCUGCGGGGGAUGGAGGACGUGUACAACCUGUUCUACGUCAACAACAACUGGUACAUCUUCAUGCGGCUGCACCAGAUCCUCUGCUUGCGGCUGCUGCGGAUCUGCUCCCAGGCCGAACGGCAGAUUGAAGAAGAGACCCGCGAGAGAGAGUGGGAGCGAGAGGUGUUGGGCAUAAAACGAGACAAGAGCGACAGUCCUGCCAUCCAGCUACGCCUCAAGGAGCCCAUGGAUGUUGACGUAGAGGAUUAUUACCCGGCGUUCCUGGACAUGGUGCGGAGCCUGCUGGACGGCAACAUAGACGCGUCGCAGUAUGAAGACUCGCUGCGGGAGAUGUUCACCAUCCACGCCUACAUCGCCUUCACCAUGGACAAGCUGAUCCAGAGCAUUGUGCGACAGCUGCAGCACAUCGUGAGUGAUGAGAUCUGUGUGCAGGUGACCGACCUCUACCUGGCAGAAAACAGCAACGGGGCCACCGGAGGCCAGCUCAGCACCCAGACGGCCAGGAGCCUGCUGGAGUCGACGUAUCAGCGCAAGGCCGAGCAGCUCAUGUCAGAUGAGAACUGUUUCAAGCUCAUGUUCGUCCAGAGCCAAGGCCAGGUCCAGCUGACUAUCGAGCUUCUGGACACAGAGGAGGAGAACUCGGAUGACCCUGUGGAGGCAGAGCGCUGGUCGGACUACGUGGAGCGAUACAUGAACUCCGACACCACCUCUCCUGAGCUCCGCGAGCACCUGGCCCAGAAGCCCGUGUUUCUCCCGAGGAAUCUGCGGCGGAUCCGGAAGUGCCAGCGUGGCCGCGAGCAGCAGGAGAAGGAAGGGAAGGAGGGCGGCAGCAGGAAGCCGCUGGAGAGCGUGGACAGCCUGGACAAGCUGGAGUGCAGGUUCCAGCUGAACUCGUACAAGAUGGUGUACGUCAUCAAGUCGGAGGACUACAUGUACCGCCGCACCGCCCUGCUGCGCGCCCACCAGUCCCAUGAACGCGUAAGCAAACGGCUACAUCAGAGGUUCCAGGCCUGGGUAGACAAAUGGACCAAGGAGCAUGUGCCCCGGGAGAUGGCGGCCGAGACCAGCAGGUGGCUCAUGGGCGAGGGGCUGGAGGGCCUGGUGCCCUGCACCACCACCUGUGACACAGAGACCCUGCACUUUGUGAGCAUUAACAAGUACCGCGUCAAGUACGGCACCGGCUUCAAGGCCCCGUAACCGGAGGAGCGCGUGGGGGCGCUGCACGCAACACACCAGAAACCUGGAAGACGCCUUUCAGGCCCACGCAGGCCGCUCGUGCGGAGCCGCAGCUCUCCCCGCCCCCGAGGGAGGGAAGCUGGUGCCGGCACAGGGACAGGCGGCGUGCUCGCCCACACCAGCGGAGCCGACUCGUCUCCUGUGGCCUGACCGCGGCAGAGGGAGCCGAGGCUGCUCACGACUGGACUGGCGGCCGCGCGCUGACAGCAGACUGGGCAGGGGCUUGACGCUCAGAUGGACUGUAGCUGCGAUGGCCGCUGCGCCUCUUCCCUCCCCACAGAAGGAACAAAGACUGGACUUGAUUUCUCCCCUCUGGUCACUUGAGCACAUCUAAGAUCACGCGUUAGGUUUUGUCCGAGACCUGCAGUUUGGUGUUGGGGUUGGUGGUUCUGGGAGCGGAGUCCCGGCGGGGCCCUGGCCGCCCGCCCGCCGCCCUGGGCCUCUCCAGCCCCGCGGAACUGUUCUGUGCCUGCUUCGCUACAGCCUCCCGGUGCCAGCCGCCAGCUUCUCUCACACACGAUUUAACCUUGGCUUUUCUUUUUUUGUAAAUAAUGUACAUACUGUCAAUUUUUUAUUAAAAGAAAUAUGCUUUGAUGUGCUAGCAUCAGUGCUCUAGCUUCCUGUGUACCAUAGUCCUACGUGGCUGCAGAUUUAGCACUACGAGCAGAUGUACAAGACAUUUAUUACACUUUUUACCAAAGGGAUUACAUUGUAGUACUUUUGUGUAAAACUUGUCUUCCCCUUUGCCCAACCUCUUUUUUUCUUUUUUGUAAAUAAAUAAAGCUUGGUUCUUAAGGAAUAA